GGUCGCCGCCACACACCAUCACCUCCUCCCCGCAGCCCGCCGCUUUAACCACCAAAGCCCCUCUCUCUCUCUCUCUAGCUCGAGUCUUCUCUCUCCAUAACUGUCAAAAAGGUCGCAAGCAGCGUCGGGACGCGAAAACGAACGUCCCUCUCUCUGAUCCCAAGGCGGCCCUCUCCAGAAUCGGACUGAUGAAAGUGGACAGGGCGACCGAGCGAGAAGGGACCGCCGCCGCCAUGUGCAAGAGCGCCAUGUGCAAGAAGAUCGAGGUGGCCGUCGUCGACCACCGCGACCCCUCCCCGGCGGCGGGGGAGGAGUUCCUCCACUUCACGCCUCCGCUCAACUUCGCGCCGGUCGACAAUGGCAUCUUCCGCUCCGGCUUCCCCGACUCCGCCAACUUCUCCUUCCUCCAAACCCUAGGCCUCCGCUCCAUCAUAUACUUGUGCCCGGAGCCGUAUCCGGAGGCGAACGUGGAGUUCCUCAAGUCUAACGGGAUCAAGCUUUUCCAAUUCGGAAUCGAAGGAUAUAAGACCGGGGAAAUAAGAGCCCUUUCUCGAGAAUCCCAGAAGAAUACUCACAUCCAAGUUAUUGAGUGUCGCAUGCUUUCACUUUUUGUAGAUGGGGAAUUCAAAAAGUUGGCCGAAAAUUUGAUCGGGACAACAAUGGCAGUGUUGCAAUAUCAUGUCAGUAGUCGGAGUCUUUUUCAAAGAUGAAGUCGGAGAGUAUAUCAUUUUUCUUUGUAGAUAUCUAGUGAUAUAAGCAAUGUGCUGUGCACGGAUCCGACUUUUGUUGGUAAAGCUCAGAUAUUUGUUAAAUCUGGCUGUUUGGUAGGGUCGGAUUUGGCCAAUUUUCUACCUGAUUUUUGGGUGCCACAUGCAUUGUAAAACUGAUUUGGUUUCGAAGUCAUGUGGUGAGCACUCGGUGUGUCUUUGUCCUGUGCACCGGAAAGGAAAAACCAUACAAGCAUCGUAAAGUUGUUUCAGAUAUGAUGCUGAUGACAACUGAAUAUUGUCUUUUAGAAAUAUUCAAGAAGGGACUACUAGUUACUCCGUUGUUUGUUCUGCACCUCACUGGCUUGAUAACUUGCCUCUUUUGAUAAGUUUUUAGAUGACUUUUUUACUCAUCCCAUUGGUACAUCUUCAGUAUCUUUGCUUUCUCCCCCCCAUAAGAAGUUGGAAAGCCUCUUCCAUGCAUUUUUUUUUUGUUGCUUUUGUCAUUCGGCCUUAUCUUAUCACAUUCUGAAAUUGAAACGUCUCUCCUUAUUUAAUUCUAAUUUUUCCAAUCAAGUAACCCAAAGCAACUAAGUUCGAGAGCUCAGAUCCUGAAUACAAUUUGGAAUCUACAGUUUGGCUGUAAAGAUUUGAAUUUUCCUUGAUGGUAUUGAUUCUUGCUCAAUGAGUGAUCUUAUUGAGGGCCUUCCUCUUUCUACUAGCUAUUUUUAGGACACGCACACACGCACGCACACACGGGUAUAUAUGUAGAGAGAGAGUUUGCAAAAAGAACACAGAGAAUGCAUAAACUUGUCUGUUGCUUAUGUUUCUUAAGUUUUCAUACUGCAGUACGUUGAUUUGUGACGGUUUCGGAGUGAAAGAUAC